AUGGGACCCUCGGACAGCCCGUUUACUGGUGGUCUAUUUUUGGUGAACAUCCAUUUCCCACUGGAUUAUCCCUUCAAGCCCCCGAAGGUCUCUUUCCGCAUCAAGGUGUUCCAGCCAAACAUCAACAACAACAGCAGCAUUUGCCUUGACAUUCUCAAGGAACAGUGGAGCCCGGCUUUGACCAUAUCAAAGGUCCUCCUGUCAAUCUGUUCGUUGCUGACGGACCCCAACCCCAAUGAUCCUCUGGUGCCUGAGAUUGCUCACAUGUACAAGACUGAUUGGGCCAAGUCAUCUGAAUCUUCAUUUGUAAAUAUGACUGCUGGUGCUGCCGAUGAUAUCCAUAUUGACAUGCCCACGCUGUCUGAUGAGGAUAAAGAUGCACCACUUUCAGGUUAUGAAAAAAAAGGGGAAAACAAGAUUGACUUCCUCUCUCUUUCUUAUACAAGGCAUGCAGAAGAUGUGCGGCAAGCGCAGGAGUUCCUCUCAAAGUUGGGUGAUCUUAGCCAAACUCUGAUUUUUGCCAAAAUUGAGAAUCUGGAGGUAAUUAACAUGUAUUUUUCUCUAUUGAGCUACUUUGUUCGUUCUUUAGGUGUUCUUAUUUCAGAAACCGUUGUUACUUGUGUUGUGGACAGAAUGACGGACAACCUAAGGCCUACUCGUCCGGAGGCAACUGAUGUGGCAAACGCAGUGCUGGACGGUAGUGAUGCCAUUCUCCUUGGUGCUGAGACUCUCCGUGGGUUGUAUCCAGUUGAGACUAUUUCAACGCUAGGCAGAAUUUGUGCUGAGGCUGAGAAGGUCUUCAACCAGGAUUUGUACUUCAAGCGAACCAUGAAAUACGUGGGAGAACCCAUGACCCACAUGGAGUCUAUUGCUUCCUCUACAGUGUGGGCUGCUAUUAAAGUUAAGGCUUCGGUCAUCAUUUGCUUCACCUCAUCCGGGAGUAUCUGCAGGCUAAUUGCCAAGUACAGGCCCACCAUGCUUCCUCGUCUAAAAACAAAUCAAUUGAAGUGGAGCUUCACAAGCGCAUUUGAAGCAAGACAAUCACUCAUAGUUAGAGGCCUCUUUCCCAUGCUUGCCGAUCUACGUCACUCGGCCGAAUCUACUAGCACUAGAAAUGAAUCAGUGUUGAAGGUUGCUCUUGACCACGGCAAAGCAUCCGGUGUGAUCAAGUCGCAUGGCUUACCUUAGCCAGAAUUUCUAUAAGAAUGUUGCUCAUGUUACAUGCCUUGCUUUCUCUAGAACGAAGAUCUGGAUCACCCUCGCCCCUCUAGAGAAAUCAGUUUACUCAUUCAGUUCUGGAAAUUCUUUAUAGCUUUUUGAGUUUACUUCGGUCUUGCAUGUAUUAGCUUUCUGUUUGUGCCCCUGUCUAUGUAUGUUUCUUGUGUGCAAGCGCUCCAUUCUGUGUGUGUGACUGUGUGUGGCUUGACUCUGUGUGUGUGGCUUGACUGUGUGUGUGUGUGACUGUGUGUGUGCUUGACUGUGUGUGUGUGUGUGUGUGUGACUGUGUGUGCUUGACUCUCUGUGUGUGACUGUGUGAAUGUUGCAUUUGCUUGAUGGUGUGGCCUGUAUGCUUGAAUGAUGAUUGGUGUGGUUUAACACUGCCUUUGCCGGUCCCAAGCCCGGAUGUGAAAAUGUGGAGGGAGCUGCAUUUACCUUCUGAAUUUUGUGGCCGAUGGCAUUCUAGUUUACUUAGAUGGUUAGCUUGUUAAUUAGUUUGUGCAUGCAAGACUUGAAAUCUAGCUGAUGUAGUGUUUAGUUUUUGUGCAUGAUAAAUGGUUUUGUUGUGCACCUUUUUAAAGAUGUGGCCCGUUUUCCCCUCUAUUUUCCUCUUUUGGAUGUUAACUACAAUUUGCUGUGUUUCUGAAUUGAUUAUCUGUUGUAAGAUAUGGUUAGCAUAUAUAGUUCAGAGAUAAAUGUCUUUGUGUGCAGCAGUUGUCAUACAUUUUAUUCGUUCCAAUGGUGAUUUUACUAUUAGUUUUUGUGUGCUGGAACUCUUGCGGAAGUUCUCUGUACCCCAGUACCAAUGUAUAUGUAUUUCAGUGUCAUUUUGUACUAUAACAUCACUGAAGCCAGUGGUAUAUUUGAGAUGAGUGAUGUGAUUAGAUUGUACCAGACAUGCGACUGCAGGAGCUCAGUGUAUGAGUAUGCACCCCGCGACAACCGCGACAACAAUUAUGUAGUUACUUUAACAUGACUAGCUCGUUACUUUUGAACAAUCAGGUAGUUUACAAUAUGCAGUUUUACUUGUAUUUAGGAAUGGAGCUUCUUCACUUCCUAGAUGCAUCAGGUUGUCCAUGUUGUGUGUUCAAUUUUUUUGAUUCACCUUUAUUUUCAUUUCAGCAGGUUGUCCAUGUUGUGUGUUCUGUAUGGAUUAGACGUUGUCUGACUACUUUAUCUUCGAUGCCGCGGCCCCUCAUUGGGUCUUUAGUACUUCUAUGUGUUCAAUUUUUAAACCCCAUUACGUGUGAUGCUCCUUGUUUCUGUGUAAUUUGAACCUCUGGUUAUGCUCUUGUGAGUUGUGAGCGGUGUCUCUGCUCAUGUGGACACACAUGAUUUGAACUGCGAUUUUGAGCUGUGAUUCUGCUAGUGAGGUAAGCAUGAUUUCAGCGGUGUUUCCAUGUGGUUUUGAACCAUGUCUGUGGUAUGAUCUUGUGAAAACGUUGCGUGAAUAUUUAUUGCCAAUCGUGUGUCGUGCCAAUACUGCCUUUGGUUGAUUGUGUGGCUUGUUGCUUAGCUGAGUGAUUGGUUGUAGUGUUUGCUAUUUUUUUGUGUUUAGUAGUUUGUAGUUUAACACUGUCUUUGCCGGUCCCAAGCCCGGAUGAGAAAAUGUGGAGGGGACUGCAGUUAGCUCCUCUGUUUAUAACUUUCACUGUCUCCAAAUAUUUUUCAAUGAAUAGUAGUGAAUGAAGUGAGUAGAAGUCACACAAUGUGGUGGCAAGCUUUGGAACAUCCUUUGAUAAAAAGGAUAAAGAACAAUAAAAAAACUCAAAAUUAAAAGAUUAUAGAAAAUAAAAGUCUCAAAAACAAAAAAAAUACUCAAAAUUAUAUAAGUUUUUUUAAAAAAUACUAAAAAAAUAACAGACUCAAAAUUAUAGAAGAUUCGAAUAAUAGAAAGACUUAAAACAAUAAGCAGACUCAAAAUAUAAUAAAUACUCAAUUAUAAAAAGACUCAAAAACAAUAAAGACUCAAAAGUAUAAAAGAUUCAGAAUAAUAGAAGACUUA